CUGCCGUGUAGAGGCUAACGUCAGCUAGCCACAUUAGCGUCAGCCGACGACUCAAAAGGGAUUGUCAACUGUGCUAGUUUGUGUUAGCCGAUAACGCUAGAUAAAUAACGUCAGUAAAUAGACACGUUGUAUCGACGUAUUGCUGCUAUAGAAGAGUUGCUUGACUCACUACCUGUCUUCAUGCAGUGACACAGUUUCAGUGCAAAUGUUAGUAAUGUGUCUGUUGCUAACAUUAGCAUGUUGGCUAACGCUGCUCUGUUAGCAAACGUUAGCUGAGCUAUCUAGCUAGGCUGUACCGAGUGAGCGGUGUUUUCGUUCUGUAACAUGCAAAAGCACACUUUUACACAGAUAAUGGAGGACCCCCACACACGGUACAGCAAACGCCUGCGUACAGGUACGCGGCGCCGCUACCAAGACGAUGGAAUCUCGGACGAUGAAAUUGAAGGCAAACGAACGUUUGAUCUGGAUGAAAAGUUGCAGUGUGACAGAUUUGGCUCUGACUUGGUCAGAUACAUGGAUGGUAAAGAAUUCACGUUUGAGUACAUCCAGAGGGAAGGGCUCAGGGAUCCAAUUAUCUUUAAAUCAAAAGAUGACCUUGGCAUACAAAUGCCGGACAGUGAUUUCAGUGUGAGUGAUGUCAAGUUGUUUGUUGGUAGUCGACGCAUUGUAGACGUGAUGGAUGUGACCACACAGAAGGGAAUAGAGAUGUCAAUGGCUCAGUGGCGACGUUACUAUGAGACGCCACCAUCAGAAAGGGAAAAACUCUAUAAUGUCAUUAGCCUGGAGUUCAGCCACACGAGGCUAGAAAAUCUAGUGAAACGGCCGUCUUCAGUGGAUCUUAUUGACUGGGUGGAUAACAUGUGGCCCCGCCAUCUUAAGGAGAGACAGAGAGACUCCACUAAUGCUAUAAUAGACAUGCAUUAUCCCAAAGUACAGAAGUAUUGUCUCAUGAGUGUGCAGGGCUGCUUUACAGAUUUCCACAUUGACUUUGGAGGCACAUCGGUGUGGUACCACAUCCUGCGAGGAAGAAAGGUGUUCUGGCUGAUUCCACCCACACCACAGAACCUGGAGAUGUAUGAGAACUGGGUUCUAUCUGGAAAACAGGGAGAUAUAUUCUUGGGGGACAAGUGUCACGACUGUCAGAGGAUAAUACUUCAUCAGGGCAACACCUUCAUUAUACCAUCAGGAUGGAUUCAUGCUGUGUACACCCCAGAGGACACGUUGGUGUUUGGGGGAAAUUUCCUUCAUAGUUUUAACAUCCCUAUGCAGCUCAACAUUUACAGCAUUGAGGAUCGAACACGGGUGCCAGCAAAGUUCCGCUACCCUUUUUAUUAUGAAAUGUGCUGGUAUGUCCUGGAACGAUACCUCUACUGUCUGACCAAAAUCUCUCACCUCACUCCUGAGUUCCAAAAAUACUCCCUUGGCAUAGGACUGACCCAGGCUGAUCUGGAACCAAAUGAACAGACUGGGAAUGGCAACUUCAAUGGAGUUGAGAGUGAUACCGAAAAUGAGAAUGUUAAGUUGAAGGAAGAUGAAAUCCAAGAAAAUGAGUCUGCAGAGUAUACCCAGACUCAACAUGCAUUGACUCCCUUUGAGUUGGAGGGAUUGUGGAACCUCUUAGGAAAACUAGAGGAGCUUCCUGCUCAGAAAAAGUGUGUACCUGAUGGUAUUCAGAAUGCUGCAGCUCUACUCGAUGACAUGAGGGCUGUUCUGAAGGAGCAUGCAAGUGAUGACCCUAAGUUGUCCUACACUGGCCAGCCCAUUGUUAAGUGGCCCAAAAGGCCGUCAUGGUACCAGCCUCCUAUAAACCCCGCCCCUGUCCUUUACCGUCCAAGAUUGGGCCCAACCCUCCACAAGUCCCUGGGACAGAGACCCACCAAGCACUCAUCCAUCUCUGCUCUAAGGCGCAGACGGGUGAGGUGCAAGCGGUGCGCGGGUUGCUGCAGAAAAGAAUGUGGCACCUGCCAAUACUGCCAAGAUAUGAGGAAGUUUGGUGGACCUGGACGCAUGAAAAAGGGCUGCAUCAUGAGACAGUGUCUAACACCUGCUUUGCCCAACACAGCACGAUGUGCCAUAUGUGGAGAAGGUGAAUCCGAUGAGACCAAUCCAAGCACUUUCUCACUCAUGGAGUGCUCAGUCUGCUCACAAAUUGCUCAUCGUCAAUGUAUUAAGGAACCUGGGGAAGGGAAGAUCAAUAAGGAUUUGCCCAGCUGCUGGGAAUGUCCCAAAUGUUACCAAGGGAAUGGUUCAGCAUCAGAGUCUUCCACCGAUGAGGAAAGUGAGGAAUCGGAGGGCUCAACUUCCUACCCACCUUCCAAACUUGCAUAUCGGGAAGGCAUUGGUGUGGGUGAAGGGAUGAGACAAGGGAGACACAAUAACGCCCCAUCCAGACCCACAGCACCACCACCUUCUCAGAAACUAUUACUGCAGCAUCAACAGAACCGCAAACGAGCAAGUGCACUGGAACUCAGACUUAAGAAGAGGAUAAAAUUGGAGCGCAGCAAACUUUUGAAACAUUCGGCUUUGUAUCGUUCUCCCACGAUGCUGUCUCGGUUGCGCUCUCCGACAAGCAGACUAUCUCAGGGCAGAGGUCGGCCUUCCACUUGGACGAGUGGCUCCUCGUAUCAUAGCUCUCCAAGAGGGACCGGAUCCUUUCAGCAUCAGCAGUCUUCCUAUGGUCUGGUACUCUCUCCCACAGGAGAGUCUCGCAGAGGGAGAGGAAGAGGAGUUAGGCUGCGAGGAGGAGGUGCCGGAAGAGGCGUCAGAGGUGGCAGGAGCCAUGGAGAACUGGAGGAGGAGAGCGAAGACAGCAGCAGCACUAGCAGCACCAGCAGCAGCAGCAGUGAGGACGAGAAAGAGGAGAGAGGGGAGAACAGCGGGAAAGGAGGAGAUAAAGAGAACCAACCACAGAUGAGGCGAGAAAGACAGAGAGCCAAAGAAAGAGAGGAGAUGGUAAACCAAAAUGGUGGGGAGGACGAUGAGGAGGAGGAGAUGGAACAUGAUGUUCAACCAGGGGACAAGGAAGACUCCUCUAUUAAAGUGACACUCCAAAAGCCCUCAAGGGCCAAGCGGGACCCAUCAGCCAUUGUCCCCAAAUUGGAGGCUAUUGCUCCUCAAACUGCACGUUCCACAAUACAGAGCCAGACCAGAGCGCUGGUUCGCCCCCCUAUUAGAAAUCGGGAUUCAUGUACUGAUCAACACUCCAAUAGGCACACACUACCACAUACGCGCAGUGGACACACGGACACCUCCCAUCCUGAGAGGCCAGAGGCCUCUAAGAGUUUGAGGUCAAGCAAGCCAGCUAAGCUGAGACAUGGUUCUUCCUCUUCGUCAUCCUCAGAACUUCCUCAUUUCCGCAUACCUCUGUCCGCUCUGCAAGAAGGAGGGAGCGAGGCGGACAGGGACAGUAAUGGGAGUGGGCCGAGCUGUGAGAGGGAGGUGUGGGUGUCUGUCUUCCGCUACUUAAGUCGAGCAGAUCUCUGUGUCUGCAUGGCUGUCUGCAAGAACUGGUACAAAUGGUGUUUAGAUAAGCGGCUUUGGGCACAGAUUGACCUGAGCAUCAAGCAUACCAUCACACCUCAGGCCCUCACAGGCAUCAUAAAGAGACAGCCGGUCACACUCAACCUCUCUUGGACUAACAUCUCUAAAAAGCAGCUCAACUGGCUUGUGAGCCGCCUUCCUGGUCUGAAGGAUCUGAUGCUCGCAGGUUGUUCUUGGGCGUCUAUAUCAGCUCUCUGCUCCUCUGGUUGCCCUCUUCUCAGAUCUCUGGACCUGCGGUAUGCAGAUGGGGUCAAAGACUCUCAGAUCAGGGAUCUAGUCACCCCUCCAGGCUGUGACAAUCGGAGUCAGUUGCGGAGUAUGCAGUGUUUACGACUAGCAGGCCUAGACAUCAGUGACUCCACCGUGCGCCUUGUGAUUCGCCACAUGCCCUAUUUAACGAAACUGGAUCUCUCCCACUGCAACAGCCUCACUGACCACUCCAUUAACCUGCUGACUGCAGUUGGCUCAUCCACCCGAAACACACUCGCAGACCUCAAUCUGGGAGGUUGCAGUAAACUAACAGACACGUGUCUAAAGUAUCUCCGCCGGCUGUCUUGCAUCUCACUGCUUGACCUGCGAGGCUGUAAAGGUGUCUCACGCAAGGCCUGUGAAGCUUUCAUCUCUGAGCUUUCAGUCAACACCCUGUACUGCCUAUCGGAUGAAAAACUGAUCCAGAGAAUUUCCUAAGCGCCUACCUCCUGUCACUGCAGAGGUGGAUUGUGGUGUGAAAGAAGCGGAAUUAUAUCCUGAUGUGAAUGUGUGGGACACAGAGUGGCAGGGAAAUUCACAUGCUUGUGUAUUGCAUAAAAGGAACACUGGGCUCUGGACUGGGACGUUUACUCGCUUAAGCAGUAUUGAUGUAAGGGGCUGUCACAGUUGGAACAAUAUUUCUUCUUGACAUUUUUUUCCCGUGUACCUAAAAGACUCAGGAGUUUUUGUUCUUUUGGGAGUUAAAAUCAUUCAAAGGUUAAGUUUAAAAGCAUGUCUUUUUUUAUACCAGAAAUGAAAGAACAAUGGCAAAUAAUUAGCUGUUACACCACCAAUUAACUAAAUAACAAAGUGUUGAGCUCUUCAUUGGACUAAAGUCCUGACUCCUUCCUUGAGAAAGAUACUUUUUGUUUCAUCCUUGUUUUGUUCAGCUCAUCCCCAUAAAGUUCUAAUAAGA